AUGACGACAAUCACACCGCCUGCGACCACCAACGCCGCCCCACAAUCGGCUCCGCCACGGCGAACGGCAGCCAGCAACGAACGCUCCCACAACAGGUCCGCCGCACCCGUCGCUUCCACAUCCACACUUCCGAAUGGGAAACACCUAUCGGACACAGCUCCAACAAAUUCCACCCCGAAAUCGCCCCCGCAACACCGUUUCAAGGUCGUGCUGAUUGGCGACGCCGGAGUCGGCAAGACCUCGCUCCGACAACGGUGGCUUUCCGAGGCCUUCACCUUGGGCUACAGGGCGACGAUUGGCGUCGAUUUCAUCUCCAAAGUGGUCGAGAUCGAUCAAGACGUCCAUGUAUCGCUGAGUGUAUGGGACACGGCCGGUAUGUCGGCUCGGAUAGAGCUCGUCUCUAGUCAUUCCGUUUGCUGAGCGAGCGAGCUGAUUCCGGCUUUCAUCGGCCCUUGGAUAUAGGCCAGGAUCGUUUCAGAGCUUUGGGAGCAUCGUUCUAUCGGGGUGCAGAUGCUUGUGUACUCGUUUAUUCGGAUUCCCGAUCUCUGCACUCACUCCAAAGCUGGUUCGACGAAUUCACUACCAAGGCGCCCGUCGACGAUCCGCACAACUUCACUUGGGUCGCUGUCCGGUCCAAGAUCGACUUGGACGCGACGGUUGAAGAAGGUGGAAGUCCUUUCAGCGCCGGAGAGGAAGAAGAACUUUUGCAGAAUCUGUUGGGCCAGUCGUCGGAAGACCUGGAUGUCGAGGAGGAGGAGACGGUCGGAUACACGGUCAAGGACUCUGCUGGACCGGCCGUGUCUUCACCCCGGAAGACGACGACACGGAGGAAAGUAUCAAACGCUUCCAACAUGACGAAGAAGGGCUCCUUUAGAAACGGUGUAGCAACAUGUUGUGCCGAAAUGCCGACUCGAAUCGAUAUCCUCCCUCCUCCUUCGACCACCGGAGGAAGUCGAUCGAGCUCUCCGACUCGGGAGACGGCGCCCCAACUACUUCGAUCCCCUCGCGGCCUCAGCGUCCAGAAAAAUCAAAUUCCGGCUUCGACUUCGCUCAAAACGAUCUACCAUACACCUUCUUCGAGCUUUAACGAGUCGUUGGACUCGCUUGCCAGCGGCGCCGAUACCAUCACCCCGUCACGGCGACGAGGGGAGCCGUCCUUGAUCAGGAGUCCGUUAACUUCGUCCGAGGCUUCAGAGGACGACUUCGGAGAUAUGGCCAAUGGGCUCGAGAUAUAUAAAGAGAACUCCAACUCGGCCGACUACGAGAGGGACGUGGCGAGAGGGAUCGACCCCUUCAUGGCCAGUUCCCCACCCCAUCCGCCGUCGCACCUCGUCACGAUCGGCAAGCACCUCGGGGGGCCUUCGUUGUUCCAGAAAAACGAAAAGAUGAGGUUGAUCGAGGAGGAACGGAAGAGAAACGAGAGAAAAAUGGAUAAUAUUCCGGGUGGAGAAGUGGGUGGCCCGAUGGGAAGUGCCAGUAUUGGAUUGGAAGGGGGUUAUAGCUAUGGGAAGGAUGGGAUCAAACUUUUUCGAACGUCGGCCAAAACGGGGGAAGGCGUCGAGGAUGUGUGAGUCUGCAGGCGCGCCAUGGCGCGAGCCAACUACGCGAAAAUUAAUACCUUGAGUAUGCUUGACUUUUCAGGUUCGAGUACAUCGCCAAAAGGGCCACGUGGCAAUGGUACAAGGACGAGAAGGAGCACAAACAUCAGCUGGAAAGGGGCGGUCCGGUCGUUCGAUUAGGGCCCCAGCCCAAAGGGAGCAAAUGGCGAGAAGCGUGUUGUUCUUGA